GUUAUGAUGCGGAUAAAAACAUAAACAUUGGCCCCACCUUAGCAUAAGCUUCAGAAGUAGGAUCCGGAAAGGUGGAUCAGUGCUCGGAAGAUUUGGCUACUGCGUCGCAAGGGACAGCAAAGCAAAAGAUAAGAAUAUUUAAACAAAGUACAAGUACGCGGGGCAUCGUUUGUCGAACAAAAUCGCGUUCCGGGAAAGGUUGCAAUCAUGUCGAUGGUAAAGGUGCUGCAGUUCGUGAACGGGCUCAAGUCCCGCAACAAGGAUGUGCAGAACAAGGCCAUCAAGGACCUGUCGCUGUACGUCAAGACGGAGCUGCGCGAAACUCCGGACGACAUGUUUUUCGAAGACUUUAACCACCACAUCUUCGAGAUGCUCACCAGUACAGACAAUAACGAGAAAAAGGGCGGAAUACUGGCCAUCGAUUGUCUCAUCAACGGCGAUGUCGUAAACACGACCAACAAGAUUUCCCGCUACUCGAACAAUCUGCGAAAUUUGUUGCCGAUGAGCGACGUUUGUGUGAUGCAGCUGGCCGCCAACGUGUUGGUCAAGCUGGCGCUGCUGCCCGGCUCGAACGGUGCCAGCUCGUUCGAGUUCGACAUCAAACGUGCCUUCGAGUGGCUGUCGGAGGAUCGGGUCGAGAACAAGCGGCACGCCGCCGUGCUGGUACUGCGCGAGCUGGCCGUCGCAAUGCCCACGUUUUUCUACCAGCAGGUCGGAAGCUUCUUCGAUCACAUAUUUGUCGCGAUCAAGGACCCGAAGGCGGCCAUCCGGGAGGGUGCCGGGCAGGCGCUGCGGGCCGUACUGAUCGUGACGUCGCAGCGCGAAGGAACCAAGCAAAACAAUAACACCCAGUGGCACAUGAACUGCUACGAUCAGGCAUUCGAGUGCUUGCGCGAUACGGUGGGGCGCGAGAAGAAUUUAAAUCGCGACGAUCGCGUCCACGGUGCGCUGAUCGUGUUCAACGAAAUACUGCGCUGUUCGCACGCAGCGUGGGAGAAGAAGUACAUGCAGCUGGACAGUUUGCCGGUGGACCAGAAGCGAUCGUUGCGUUCGCAGCGGGAGGAGGAAGGGCGGGGAUUCUUCCCACGCAUCCGUGUGCCUUUUAUGGAGAAGUUUGGGAACCAUUCGGGACAAAGCUCGGUCAGCUACAGCUCGCGCUACUACGACGUCGUAACGGAUAUGAAGUUUUUCCGCCAGAACAGCAGCGUCCAGGAGUCGGCACUGUACCGAGCGCUGGUGAAGGAGAAGUACGACACCAUCUGCCAGGCGGUGCUGGAUCAGCGCAGCUCCAAGUCACCGUACGUUAUCCAGACGCUGUUGGCGAUCUUUCCGCGGCUGGCAGCCUUCAAUAGGGAGGAGUUUGUGCGGCUGCAUCUGCGCACGGUCGCCAACUACCUGCUGACGCUGCUACGAAGCAAAGAGAAGGAACGCAAUGCCGCCUUUGUUUCGCUCGGCUAUAUUGCGGUCGCGGUGGAAAAGGAAAUUGAACCGUACACCAAACGCAUCAUGGAGUUGAUCGGAAGUGCACUGCCGCUGAAGGAUACACCCAACAAGCGGAAAGCACCGGUGGAUCCUUCCGUGUUCAUGUGCGUCAUGCUGCUGGGGCAUGCGCUGAAAGGUGGCAUAACUCACGAGAUCAAGGAGAUAAUAGCACCGAUGCUAUCGACCGGUCUAAGUCCGGCACUGAUCGUUUGCUUGCGUGAGCUCUGCGAAACGGUACCCCAGGCGCAACAGGAGAUAACGGCGGGCCUGCUGAAGAUACUGUCGUACGUGCUGAUGAACCGACCUUUGCCACAAUUUAUUGUGCCAAAGUCGCACUCGGUCGUGUCGCCGGCGUUCUUGAGCAGUCUGGAGCAGCAGCCACAGUCGCAACCGCCGCAGCAGCAGGUCCACGAUACAGCCACGAUAGUGCUGGCGCUGCAAACGCUUGGCAAGUUUAGCUUCGAAGGAUGCAGCUUGCUACAGUUUGUGCAGCGCUGUGCCGAUCACUUUCUCAACAGCGAGCAGCAGGAGAUCCGCAUUGAAGCAGUCCAUACCUGUACGUUUUUGCUGAAGCUAGCGCUCCAGGCGGCGGAAAGUAACGGGAACGAUGUGUCGGAAACGCUUACGCAAACGCUCAGCUCGGUGCUGGAGAAAAUCCUCGUCGUUGGCAUCACGGACGUGGAUCCGGCGGUGCGCUUGCGAGUGCUGAAAUCGCUGGACGAAAGCUUCGACACGCAGCUAGCGCAGCCGUGGUUUCUCAGCUCGCUGCUAGUGACGAUCCACGACGAGGUGUUUGAGAUACGCGAGCUGGCGAUCAUCAUCAUUGGCCGGCUGUCGACGAUCAAUCCGGCCUAUGUGAUGCCAAGCUUGCGCAAAACGAUGGUUCAGUUGCUGACCGAGCUGGAGCAUUCGGGCGUCAGCCGCAACAAGGAGCAAAGUGCGAGAAUGCUGGAUCAUCUGAUCGUCAGCACGCCCCGGCUGGUGGCGUCGUACAUGCGCCCGAUACUGACCAUACUCGUGCCAAAGCUGAAGGAACCGGACCAGAACCCGAGUGUGGUGCUGAACGUGCUGCGUGCGAUCGGCGAUCUGGCGGAGGUGAUUGGCGGCCACCAUGUGCUGCAGAAGUGGUCGGACGAGCUGCUACAGCUGCUGCUGGACAUGCUCAGUGACGCCGGCAGCACGGAAAAGCGAGCUGUGGCACUGUGGACCUUUGGGCAGCUGGUCAGUGCGACCGGGCAGGUAGUGGUACCGUACAAUAAGUACCCGAAUCUGAUCGAUAUACUGAUAAACUUCCUGAAAACGGAGCAGCAACUGUACGUCCGUCGGGAAACGAUCCGAGUGCUGGGUUUGUUGGGAGCGCUCGACCCGUACAAGCACAAGAUGAAUCGCGGGCUGAUCGACAGCCAGACGAGUGCAAACAUUCUUAUUUCUGUCGACACGAAAACCGACGAACAUACGGACCUGUCCACGUCGGAAAUGCUGAUCAACAUGAGCACGCAGCUGGACGAGUACUAUCCGGCGGUGGUCAUAUCGACGUUGAUGAAAAUUUUGCGCGAUCCCACCCUGUCCAACCAUCAUCUCAGCGUGGUGCAGGCCAUCACGUUCACCUUCACCAGCCUGGGCAUCAAAGGGGUCCCGUACCUCUCGCAGGUGUUGCCCUGUCUGCUGCGGAACAUCGUCACCGCCGAGAUGAGCCUUAAGGAGUACCUGUUCCAGCAGCUGUCCACGCUGAUAUCGAUCGUGAAGCAGCACAUUAUCGGGUUCAUGGACGACAUUUUCGAGCUGAUCAAGACGUUCUGGACGACCGGUGGGGCAGGUGUUCCGGGCGGCGGUGGGUCGUCGAGCUCGACCGCAUCGGCCGCCUCGCUGCAACCGACCAUCAUCAAUCUGGUGGAGAAGAUUGCGAUUGCGCUCGGUUGCGAGUUCAAAGUGUAUCUACCUCAGCUGAUGCCGCAAAUAUUACGCGUGCUGCUGCACGACACGUCCAAGGACCGGGCGGUGACGGUGAAGCUACUCGGCGCGAUGCGCAACUUCGGCAACAAUUUAGACGACUAUCUGCACCUGAUUAUACCGGCGAUCGUGAAGCUGUUCGAGCCGCUCGACAUACCGCUGAACGUUUCCAUUACCGCACUGCAAACGAUCAACUAUCUCGCCGAGGUGCUAGAUUUCACUGAUUUUUCUUCGCGCAUCGUGCACCCGCUGGUGCGCGUGCUCGAUUUCUAUCCCGAGCUGCGUCCCGUAGCACUCACGACGCUCUGCUCGAUCAUGAUCCAGCUCGGUCGGAAGUACCUCGUGUUUGUGCCGCUUGUGAAUCGGGUGAUGAUCAAGCACAAGAUCCCGUCGGUGGAGUACACGAAGCUGCUGACGAAGCUGCAGAACAACAGCACACUGGCGAUGGAUGACGAGUUCCGCAUACGACAGGCGCGGAAUCGGAAUCGCGAAAUUUCCCUCCCGAGCGACAGCACGAUCAAGAAGUUCCCCGUUUCGAUGUCCGAUCUGGAGGCAAUGUUUAAGGCGAAUCGACGCGUCUCCAAGGACGAUUGGUUGGAGUGGCUGCGCCGGCUGAGCAUCAUUCUGCUGAAGGAGUCCAAAAAUCCGGCCCUUCGAUCGUGCGCCACACUGGCCCAAAACUACCCACAGCUACUGAAGGACCUGUUUAACGCUGCGUUCGUAUCGUGCUGGUCGGAUUUGUCGGAAAAGCUGAAGCAGGAUCUUGCUCACAGCCUCACGCAGGCGCUGACGGUGCAGGAUCUGCCCGAAAUUACCCAAACGGUGUUGAAUUUGGCGGAAUUUAUGGAGCACUGCGAAAGCUACCCGCUGAAGAUCGACUCGAAGAUACUGGGCGAACGAGCCAUGGAGUGCCGUGCUUACGCGAAAGCGCUGCACUACAAAGAGGACGAAUUUCACCGGACAGACGAUCCGCCCCAGUCGCUGUUCGAGUCGCUGAUCCUGAUCAACAACAAGCUGCAGCAGAAGGAAGCGGCGGAAGGGCUGCUGGAGUAUGCCGGCCGCCAUCGGUCCAGCGCCGAGGAGAUGAAGGUGCAAGUGCGCUGGUACGAAAAGCUGCACAGCUGGGAACAGGCGCGGUCACUGUACUCGGAAAAGCUGAAGAGCAAUCCGAACGAUUUGGAGUCCCGGCUCGGUGAGAUGCGCUGCCUGGAAGCGUUGGGCGAGUGGUCGGCAUUGAAUGCUGUCACCACGCAGAACUGGGAUGCGCUUGGCUCGGAGGGACAGAGCAAGGCUGGUCGGCUGGCAGCAGCCGCCGCCUGGGGUCUGCAGGACUGGGAUGGGAUGCAUCGGUUCGUGCGCUGCAUUCCGGAGGACACGCAGGACGGAGCAUUCUAUCGCGCCGUGCUGGCCGUGCAUAAUGAGCAAUACGCGUUGGCGCAAAGUUUGAUCGAUUCGACGCGUGAUCUGCUCGACACGGAGCUGACAGCGAUGGCGGGCGAGUCGUACGAGCGUGCGUACGGUGCGAUGGUAUGCGUGCAGAUGCUUGCCGAGCUGGAGGAAGUGAUCCAGUACAAGCUGAUCCCGGAACGGCGCGAGACGAUCAAAUCGAUGUGGUGGGACCGACUGCUCGGUGGCCAGCGGCUGGUCGAGGACUGGCAGCGCGUCAUACAGGUGCACUCGCUGGUGCUGUCGCCCAAGGAGGACAUUCGUACGUGGCUGAAGUUUGCGUCGCUCUGUCGCAAGAAUGGAUCCUUGAAGUUGUCCGAGAAGACACUCACCAUGCUGCUCGAGUACGAUCCGAUGGAGAAUCUGAGCGAACCGCUUCCAAUUGACAAACCGCACGUCACCUUCGCCUACACGAAGCACCUGCAUAUGGCGGGGUACACGAAAGAGGCUUACGAUCACCUGAACCGGUUUGUCGCGUCGUUCAGUCCGCAGGCGUUUACCGCCAGCAGUGGUGCGGGCGGGCAGGAUGACUUGAAGGAUGAAAAUAGACGCCUGUUGGCGCGAUGCUUCCUGAAGCUGGGCAUGUGGCAGAGUAGUUCCACCGGCGGAAACCUGGUGAAGGACCACCUCAUCAAUGGCAUCCUGGUGUGCUACAGCCGGGCAACGAAGCACGACCCGAACUGGUACAAAGCGUGGCACAACUGGGCGUACAUGAACUUUGAAGUGGUGCAGGCGAAGAAGCAGCAGGAAGAAUACACCAAAAAUCCGGGAAGCGCGGCGGAGCGAAACUUGAUAAAGCAUUACGCCGUGCCGGCCGUCCGGGGCUUCUUCCAGUCGAUCAACCUAUCGCAGGGCAAUUCGCUGCAGGACACACUGCGCCUGCUAACGCUCUGGUUCGAUCACGCCCAGUACGAGGAGGUGUACGAAGCGCUCGUCGAAGGAAUGCGUGUGAUCGACAAAAACACGUGGCUGCAGGUGAUCCCGCAGCUGAUCGCACGCAUCGAUACGCCGCGCAAUCUUGUCGGCCAGCUGAUCAACUAUCUGCUGACGGAGAUCGGUAAAACUCACCCGCAAGCGCUCGUGUAUCCGCUUACGGUGGCGUCGAAGUCGGCGCCGGGCACGCGUAAGCAGGCGGCGCACAAAAUCCUCAACAACAUGUGCGAACAUUCGAACACGCUGGUCAAUCAGGUACUGCUGAUCAGUGAGGAGCUGAUUCGGGUGGCCAUCCUUUGGCACGAGCAGUGGCACGAGGGCUUGGAGGAAGCGUCCCGGCUGUACUUUGGCGAGCAGAAUGUGGAAGGCAUGUUUGCGACGCUGGAACCGUUGCACGCCAUGCUGCAGCGGGGACCGCAAACGUUGAAGGAAUCAUCCUUCAACCAGGCGUACGGACGUGACUUGACCGAGGCACAGGAAUGGUGCAAACAUUAUAAGAACUCUAAAAAUACGCGAGAUUUGAAUCAAGCAUGGGACCUAUACUACCACGUGUUCCGGCGCAUUUCGCGCCAGCUCGUACAGCUCACCUCCCUGGAGCUGCAGUAUGUCAGUCCGAAGCUGCUGGCAUGUCGCAACCUUGAGCUGGCAGUCCCAGGCAGUUACACGCCCGGUCAACAGCUGAUCUGCAUCGCCAGCAUCGAGACGAACCUGACGAUCAUCAGCUCGAAGCAACGUCCUAGGAAGCUGUGCAUCCGCGGGUCGAAUGGUAAAAACUACAUGUUCCUGCUGAAAGGCCACGAAGAUUUGCGCCAAGAUGAGCGAGUGAUGCAGCUGUUCGGGCUGGUCAACACACUGCUGCUGAAUGAUCGUGACACGUUCCGGCGCAAUCUAACCAUUCAACGGUAUGCGGUGAUCCCGCUGAGCACCAAUUCGGGUCUGAUCGGUUGGGUGCCCCACUGUGACACGCUGCACAAGCUGAUCCGGGACUAUCGCGAUUCGAAGAAAACGAUGCUAAACAUCGAGCAUAGGAUCAUGCUGCGAAUGGCACCGGACUACGACCAUCUCACGGUGAUGCAGAAGGUGGAGGUGUUUGAGCAUGCGCUUGACCAAACGAAAGGAGACGAUCUGGCGAAGCUGCUCUGGCUGAAAAGCCCUUCGUCGGAGCAGUGGUUUGAUCGGCGCACGAACUACAUCCGCUCCCUUGCGGUCAUGUCGAUGGUGGGCUACAUCUUGGGUCUCGGCGAUCGCCAUCCUUCCAAUCUGAUGCUGGAUAGGCUGAGUGGAAAAAUUCUUCACAUCGAUUUCGGCGAUUGCUUCGAGGUUGCAAUGACGCGAGAAAAGUUCCCGGAGAAAAUACCCUUCCGCUUGACGCGCAUGCUGAUCAACGCGAUGGAGGUGACCGGCAUCGAAGGAACGUAUCGGCGCACGUGCGAGAGCGUAAUGAACGUGCUGCGCCGUAACAAGGACAGUCUUAUGGCGGUACUGGAAGCGUUCGUGUACGAUCCGCUGCUCAACUGGCGCCUGCUAGAUUCGGACCGAUUGCGUCGUUCAAAGAACGCCGGUGACAUGGACAGCGUGUCGGGCAGCAUGCACGAAGACUCUCUGCUGAGCUACAAUGCCAGACGCGAUGCUCGGUUGAAUGAGCUGAAUGCAACGACGGGACCGGCCGCCGGAGGUCAACCGUCGGCUACCGUGAAUGUUCCUUCCGGUGGUACGACGGCCGCCAUUCCCGUACCGAGCGCUUCCGGUGCUGCUGUACCACCAGGAGGUGAUGCGCCCGAUGGUAACUACCCCGCGAUGCAGAAUCCCGUCGACGUAACCAAUAAGAAGGCACGUGCAAUUGUCGAUCGAGUGAAGGACAAGCUGACCGGUAAAGAUUUCGGCAAAGCAGAACCAGUGGCCGUCAACAGACAGAUCGACCUGCUGAUCCAGCAGGCAACCAGCAACGAAAAUCUGUGCCAGUGCUAUAUCGGCUGGUGUCCGUUUUGGUAAAGGAGUUUUGGUUGGUGUGUGGGUUUGAACAUGUUGUUGCCUGCUUGCAAUGCUUUUCUACACGUGUGCGCGCCUACGCUGCUGCACCAUCGUCAUAAAUAUGUCGUUCCUGUAUUGUCCUUUGUAUUGUAAAUAUUGGUGUCCCAUGGGAUUAUGUUUAAUGUGUAUGCCCCGUAUAUAAUGAUUAAUUAACCUUGUGUUUAAGCGUUCGCGUCAUACGCUUCUGGUUUCAGUGAUGUCGACACUACUACUUACUUUUGCUUACCCUUCCCUUUCUUAUCGGAUUAAUAAUGUACAAUGAUGCAAAAACAUGGAUGAAAAACAGCAAAUAAAAACUAAAUCCGGUGAUCGUUAAAGUCGUCACACAA